AUGAGAGGGCUCCCAACACAGGUUAUCGCAUCGGCCAAGGCGGGUAGCAUCGACGCACUCGAAAGACUCUACCCCCUAUUCUCAGAACAGACAUAUACCCUCUCGCUGCUCGAGGCUGUCCUGGCCAAUCUUGAUCGAGGUCGACUACCGGAUGACACGUCAAAACCAUUACCCCCUAAUUCAGAGGUUGGAGAACGCUCCCUAGUAGCAUCGGCCUGCUUUCUGGCCUGUCUUGGCUGCUGCCAUCGAAGCCGGGCACACAAGUUGAACACAGUGGCAAAGAUCCAUUCGCAACUAGACGCCAUUUUGACUUGGCUUCGUCUUGCUUUAUCAUAUGCCUUGGAAUGCGCCGCACCUUUGCGCAUGGAAUCCAUCGUCUUUUGCAUCGCACGCACCCUGGUCGGACUCCUUGGGCUCGACGAUUCAUUGCGCGAACAAGUCUUGGAAUCUCGCAGAACAGGCGUCAUAGUCUUCACCCUAUGGUGCUCCCGUGAUAAUCGGGGCAAACCAUUCUGCGACUUCCAAUCCACAGGUCCAGGUCGCUGCCCCAUCAUCCAACUCGUAGACAAAAGCAUCACCCUAGCAGACACUGAACUAUCUCGGUGUUUCUGGACCUUGGUAUUCUCAUCGCCGAAGAGUCGCCGCGCAUUCUGCGACGGAUUACUUCGCAGAUGGGUAGGGUUACCGCUGUCCAUGCCAAGCCAGAAUACCGGUGUCGUAUUGCGGUAUACUGCCCACCUCACCAACCUCGCUCUCCUCCUUCCCACCAUCCCCGCUAUCUACCGACCCCUCCGUAAAACAAAGCUACUAUCUCAGUGGGGCAAAUCCCUCCUCCUACUCCGACCCAACCUCAGUCCUGCGCAGUUUGUCGAUUUAUGUUCCGAUCUCUUUUCGUUCUCCAAUCACACCUAUGGAAAUCCCUUGACUGGACUCACCGAGCUCAUCGAGACAGGGGUUUUCGUGGCUCUUCUACAAGCCGUUUCGGAACUUCCUCCAGGGUCGAGGUCCCCUUCAGCAAUAAAGACGCUCGGCCAGUGCGGCGGACUUGCAAUGUACCCCUCCACCACAACUGCGUUUAGGUCAGCCUUGCAGCGGUUAACUCCUCAGACCAAGAGUCGCCUUUCCGAGAUGGAAGGCGUCGCAGAUGCGUGGCGCAUGCUGAAUUCAUCGGUGGACAUAUGUUUACCGGUGUUUAAAAACAAGGGAGGCCUGGGCCCCUAUGACUUCUGCGACAGCGACCAAAACAAGAUUGGCAGAGAGGGAUCUUCUGCAUUCAAACUGUGCUCAGGCUGCCAGACCGUGCUUUAUUGCAGCCAGCAGUGUCAGAAAGAAGACUGGGAAUCGCGACACCGUUACGAAUGCAUGGUCAUGCGACAUUCUUAUCGAGUCAACGAGGCGCGCGGCGUGAAAUAUUCUCCUCUCGCGCGAGGCUAUCAUACCCGAAUGGUCACGCUGAUACUUCCCACUUUGUCGAGCCUGGGUCCAUUCGAACGAUUUGCCCAGCACACACCCCGCGACCUCCCUCCAAUGACCAAACCAGUGGUUUACUGGGACAUGAGAGAUGGUUUCCACCGGGGUCCUACCUUGAUCAGCGUUGAGGACCUUGUCACUUCGCGACGAACUGAUGGGGUUCCAAGCUGUCCCAAGAUGGAGGAAAGGCUUUCCGAUUUGCUCAAUGCGUACGCCAUCGACAGCUGCCCGCGGUCCAAGGUCUUAAUGAUUCGAUUUCGGUGGAGCAUGAAGUGUCAAAUCCUAUUUAUUCUGCAUUUGCAACCCUUUAAACCUCGAUCGGAUGGCGAUACCGACGAUGGGUACGAUUUCCUCCAUGUUUCACGCAGCGCGACCAUUAUAGAACACGCCCCGGAAAGUGGGUGGAUCUGCGUGUAA